CAGCAACUAUGACACAUACUUUAAAUAUUCGAAUCCGGCAUUUGUUGUCGGAUAUUUUUUUAUUUUUCUUUAUAUCAUUUAAUGCAUCGAUAAAAUAUACGUCGGUUAUCUUUUUGUAUUGACAAACGGAUAUACAAAGCUAUAUACAUUCGAAUUUUAUCUGAUAACUUAGUCAUACGUUGGGAGUACCAUCCGUACAACGUGAAGCAACAUAAUGGGAUUGCGAAGUGAAAUAUUGAUACAUCCACCCAGAGGGGGGAAGCAUGUCACCGGAGGGGUUAUUAGAGGGAUGGUGAAGUUCCAUCUGGACAAAGAUACAGACUUCAAGAAGAUAAGUAUAGCUCUCAUCCAGAAGGGACAUGUUCAAUGGUACGAAUUUGCAACAAAGUCAACUGUCAACCCGCGACGGACGGUCGGCAACAGAUACGUGUACGAGGGCAGAGAAGAAGCUACAUUAACUAAAUUUUACUUUCUCAACAAAGAAAUGGAUGAAAAGUGCGACACCAGCACGUUGAAAGCCGGGUCGUACGAACACCAAUUCCAAAUCCAAUUACCUGAAGAGAUACCAGCAUCAAUCAACACAGAUAUUGGUGAAAUCAGUUAUAGCAUAAAACUAAAAUUCAAGAAGCCUUCAGUGUUCAGUUUUAACAAGGUAUUUAGAACACCUGUCACUAUAUACCCUAGAGUGGAUCCCACGAUACCUGAUCAACCCUUAACAGUGAAUCUCGACAAAUCUCUCUUCAAACUAUUUUCUUCCAAAAAGCAUGAAAUUAAACUUAAAGCUGAACUUGAUAGAGGAUUUCUGAUACCUGGUGGCGAAAGCAAAAUAUCAUUUAGUGUUAUCAACAAUAGUGAUGUCAUAUUUUCUGUUAAAACUGAACUAGUUUGUAAAACGAAGUACAGAGAUCGAUUCAUGGUUGAGAAAAUGGCACGGGAUAAUCCUAAGAUAGAGAGAAGAGUGAUUCGCCCUUGUACUGUGGAGACUCCAAGCAUACCUGAACGUAGUGUAUCAUCUGAUAUGUACAACAUAAUACCAGUAGCUGCAGACUUGUGCACAGUGAGACACUCUGAAAUAAUAUCCAGAGAAUUCAAACUAAAGGUAACGUUGAACUUGCCACUGCCUCACAAAAACUCAUGUGUUGACAUCCCUGUAUUUAUUGGAGAAAACCCCAAUUUGGCUAAUGAAGUAGAUGCUGGUUUCGGUGAGCCAAUGGAAGCUCCUCCGUCUUAUUGGGAAGUAAUGACCGAAGAAAUGUCUAAAUAAUUAAUUCGUUUAGUGUAUCUCUUGAUGUCUAUUUUAUUUUAUAAUAUUACAUUUUUACGGAUAAAUUGAGAAUUAUUAUUUAAGAAAUGAUUCCCUGUAGCAGUAUCGCCCCCUUCCCUAUAAACAUAAAACCGGUUUCACAGUGACGCAUCCCGGUUUUAGCCCAGCUUAGUUUUAACGCGCUCGAUAGAUGGCGUUGUGCAUUGAGAGCCGUUUUCUGAAUCGCGGUGUUAAGAUUCUCCGCCGUUGAACGACCCUCGCGCCGCGCCGCAGUGAACUCAUACUUACCUGGCGUAGGGGAUACCGUGAUCACGAAGGCGGUUCCCCCAGGGCGAGGUCCUCUCAUUGCACUGCGAUUGGGUUGACCCCUGCGAUUAUCCCUAAUGUGGAUAACUCGGACGCGUAAUUUUUGGUAGUGAGGGACUGCGUACGCGCUGUCCCUCUAAGAA